AUGCCUACUAUUGAACUUAACUGUCUUGUUCAUGGCAAUACCCCAGACAUUACUAAUAUUUUUUCUGUUGAAUUGGAUUCUGAAAUGACUGUCAACAUGCUUAAAAUGAUUCUUAAAGAGAAGAUUAAAAAAAUGAAACAAUAUUUUGCUUUUGUUGAUAAUAAGUUAAAUAUCUUUUUUGACAACCCUAAUGCGAAUAUUGAAACAAAACUUGGAGGCAAGAGGUUAUUCGAAGCAACAAAUAAGAUUUCCAAACAUUUUCCUUACGAACUUGACAAAAAAUAUAUACACAUUAUGGUUGAAUUGCCAGGUUAUUACCUCACUCUUAUAG